AUGCCUUCUCGUAAACUCAAAGACAGCGAGCGCCGUCGAUGCGCCAAUGCCUGCUACACUUGCAAACGUCGCAAAGAGCGCUGUGACGGUCGCCAACCGUGUAGCCGUUGCAUCACCCGCGGAGUGGAUGCCGAAUGCAGUUUUACCCCUUCUCCGACAACAAAGCGCAGGGCUCGGAAUGUACAACCCAACUACGUCAACCCUACAUCUAGUAGAGACGAGCCACAGGACUUAAUAUCACCAAGCAUCUCCUCUUCUAUCGAAGUCUUUGACCAAACAUUGUCUCAACUCAGCAGCCAGUCAGGUCAUGAUUUACACAAAGCCCAUACAGAUCGUCCACAGCUCUCUACGCUCGUGCAAGAUGGCCAUGGAAAAUUCGUCUUCGUUGGUGACGCAGCAAAUUUGUCCUUUCUACAGAUUAUCCGACGUCUGGUGCGUGACUCAGUCGGUCCCUGUGCCUUCACCGAAGACGCUCUACAGCAUCUCAUGGUUGAGGCCAAGCCGUCGGACAGCACCGCGUGGCUCGUCAACAUCAUGGAUGAUACGCCGUUCAUGCCCGAAGAGGAGGAGGCUCGCUAUCUAGUCUCCUGGUUCUUCCGCUCAACCAGUUGCGUACUCAACCUCUUCGAAGAAGGAGAAAUCAGCCAGUCUAUAGUAUGUUGGUACCAAAAGUGCUCUGAUGAACCAGAGGAUAAAGCCUCAGUAGCUCUUUUCUUUCUCAUAUUUGCCAUUGGAGCCCAGACAUGUCCUGAGAACAAGGACCAGGAAGCGGAGCAGUAUUUCAACUACGGCCGCUUCCUGACCGCUUCCAUCAUCAUGGACGACAUCAGCAUAUCCGCCGUCCAGUCUAACAUUCUCAUUACCAUGUACCUCUUAGGUGCAUCACGACGGAACGCCGCUUUCAUGUACCUCGGCAGCGCUGUCCGCGCGGCAUACGCUCUCGGCAUCCAGCGACACGAUAUCAACAAGCAUUUCAAGCAUUCUGAAUAUCUUCUAAGAGAGAGGCUCUGGAAAGUUCUCCGCGUUCUGGAUCUCUUCAUGAGCGCAUCUCUUGGUCGUCCACCAUCAACACACGAAACUCGAAACACGGGCAUCGACGAGAAUUACUCGGCUUCUAAUGAUCUCUGCGCUAUCUUUGAAGAUAUCCUUACCAAUAUCUACUCUCCGCGAAAAGUCUCAAACACCCACUUGGAGCGGAUCAGUGAGCACCAUCGGAAAUGGGCGACUAAGUUCCCUUUGGGUCUGGCUACUGAUAGCAUAAAACCGUCGAAAUUCAUUGACGAAGCCGACGGGAAGGAAACGCCAAAUAUCGGUCUAUGCCACCUUAAAGAAGCUUACUAUUGGACAAUCAUGCUACUUUCUCGACCCUCCUUGACAAAAAGCGCUUCUAAACACAUGAACAAAUCCGCGCAGGACAUGAGUCAGUGGGAACCCCCAACUGCUGCAAUUGAGCCAGAGCAAGUCCUCGCUUUUUCCUGCGUUGACUCUGCUGUGCGGACAGUUGACCUCCUGAAAGUAAUGGGAGACAAUCGAGAAAUUCCAAAACGUCUCCCGUUUGUCGUGAACUCGUUAUUUGUUGCAGCGCUGGUACUUGGGACCGCAUACUUCAAUGAUUUGGAUCAUAUUUUCCCUCUUGAGAAAAGUAUGAUCGGUGUAAGAUCCCUGAUGGCCAGGUUCAGUACCCAUGAUCCUGUCGCCAAGGGUGCACUACAAACUAUCGAUAACCUACAAACAGCUUGCAACAUAUACGUUGACGAGAGGGCACGCCGGAAAAUGGAGAGACAGAGUCUUCUUGUGCGGAAUCUGUUUGGUACUGUCCACGAUGGAUCUAGGCCACAGACUCCGAAUCCUCAUGAAAAAGCAAAUACAACGUCUCUGAGUGUUUUCAGCCAAAGCGAUGAAGUCCUUAAUACUUGGUCAUUCGAAGAAUCUAUUGAAGACAUGGAUGGGGGGCUGAUGGGUAUGUUGCCGCAUGAAGCUUUGGAAGCAUUCUCACUUCCCACGCCUACAACAAUCGAGUUCGACUCAUUUGAUGCUAGUUUUCCUCUCUUUUCAACUGUAGAUGUAUGUAGUCUCGAGGUUGAAGGGAAUAUGGGGACGAAUAAUUUGGCGUUUGGACUGUGACAUCCGUGUCCAGAAGGUCCUCUAUGGUUUGAUAUAGUUGUUACAUUAAAAGUGACAUCGGGUAACUCUAAGAGAUGUAUCCAUAUACAAACUCCUGCUGAACUAAUUACUACUCUUGAUGGCCC